AACACUCACCAAACUCUCACACCAUAUUAUUCUUACGUCUCAAGAAACGCAACAUAACCCUAAGUUUCUGUGCAAGAAACCUAAACACUUUCAAGAAGAAAAUGAAGUCAGGUCAGGCUGAAAUCGUGGAAACAAGCAAAGCUAGAGGUUUGAUGAGCAGAAGAAUUGCGAUUCUGGAAUUUAUCCUCAGGAUUAUUGCCUUUUUCAACACCAUAACUAGUGCAAUCCUCAUAGCAACCACUAAUGAAACUCUGCCUUUCUUUACUCAAUUCAUACGGUUCCACGCCGAAUACAGCGAUCGUCCAGCGUGAACGUAUGUGGUUUUGAUUCUUUUAGACUCACUUCCAACCUAUUUUCAAACUCCUUUACCUGUUUCUUUGGUACGUAACGCCUGGAUCAAUUCUUAAAAGUGUUUUUGCCUUAGGUUUGGUUAAUCAAACAGGUUCUUACCUCGUCUUGUCUCUACCUCUAGCCUUUGUGCACAAUGCACAUUGUCAAGAGCAAGACUCAGAACAGUAGAGUUCUUCUCAUCGUCUCUGAUGUGGUAAGCCCAUCAGCAAACCUCCUGUUUCACAAGCUUAUAGUAAAGUCUUUUUUUUGUAUAUGAAAAUCUAUGUUUCUACUUUCGUUUAUGUUUGUGUAUAUAACUCGUUUUUUGUAAAACCUUUUUCUGUAGAAAUCGAUCAUAAAGAAACUCGAGUUAAGUCACUGCGCUCUGCUAGUUGAAACAUUCCCAGAGCCAAACAGGCGACUACUACUGCGGUAUGCUCUCAUGGAAACCUACUUGGAAGUUUAAUGUUUUGGUUACUUUAAACAACUUUAUUCUCAGUAUGGGUUUUGUUCUGUAGGAUUCUAAAGAUGAUGCAUACAAUCACUUGUCAUUCCCGUGAGAACCGGAUGACGUCAUCUGCUGUAGCUGCUUGUAUGUCACCAUUGCUUCUGCGUCCUCUACUGGCUGGAGAAUGUGAUCUCGAAGGAGGUUUUGACGCUCUAGAAGAUAACUCUGCCCAACUUCUUGCUGCCGCUAAUGCUGCCAAUAAUGCUCAAGCCAUUGUCACAUCCCUUUUGGAAGACUAUGGGAACAUGAUCAAUGAUGAAGGUCUCCAAAGAUGCUCCACUUCUACUGAUUCCCAUAUUGGCGAGAGUGGGCCUGAGAAAUCAAGUGAUGAAGAGGACAUAGAGGUUAGAGAUAAGACCAUGAUGUAG